UCUGUCCGAACGCCCACCGUGUGUCCAGAACACAGCCCAUGAGGUACGGACUUUGAUCCUGGAGCUAAAACAUCAUGGAGUUCGACUUGAACAUACUGAAGCUCUUCCACGCGAUCCUGGCGCUCCUCGCCGUCCCAGCAUGCUUUGGGCUUCCAUCGGUCUUCCUCAGUAAGUCCGAGGCGAGCCGGGCGUUGACGCAUCGAGUCCGACGAGCAAACUCCUUCCUGGAGGAGCUGAAGCUGGGCAAUCUGGAGAGAGAGUGUCUCGAGGAGAUCUGCUCUUAUGAGGAGGCCAAGGAGAUCUUCACCCUCCCUGAACAACUGGAAGAUUUCUGGAGGAGAUACACAGAGGUGGAUCACUGUGAGUCGGGACCGUGUCGGAACGGAGCCAUGUGCGUGGAUCAGAUCGACACAUACAUCUGCAUCUGUCCGGUGAACUUCGAGGGGAGAAACUGUGACAAAGAAAUAUUUCCACCCACUUCUUACGGAUGUUUGUACAGGAACGGUGGCUGCGAGCACUUCUGUGUAGAAAUCAGCGUUUCGACUCAUCGCUGUGAUUGUGCUCCUGGAUACACACUACACACAGACAACAGCAGCUGUGUGCCGCAGGAUGAUUUCCCGUGUGGAAGGCUGGUGUACAAGGGCGUUGGUCCGAGGAUAGUGAAGGGUGACGUGUGUCCCAAAGGACAGUGUCCGUGGCAGGCUUUACUAGAGCAUGAUAAACAGUAUAAAUGCGGUGCCAUCAUUCUAGACUCCCAGUGGAUUCUCACCGCAGCUCACUGCAUUUGGGAGAAGGAUCCAAACCUUUUACAAGUAACAGUUGGUGAACACAUCCGUGAGAAAGACGAAGGAACUGAACAGACGAGGAAAGUGUCUAAAGUCUUCAUCCACCCGCGGUACAACCACUCCAGCGCCGACAGCGACAUCGCUCUGCUGCGUCUGCUCAGCCCCGUCAGGCUGGACGCCUUCGCCCUUCCCGUCUGCCUUCCUCCCGUUAACGGCACCUUCGGGCGCACCAUCGGAGCCAUUCGCAUGUCCACGGUCAGUGGGUGGGGUCGCCUGGCGCAGUCCGGUCCGCCGUCACCGGUGCUUCAGCGGCUGGAGGUGCCCAGGGUCUCUUUAGACGAGUGCAAGGCUAAGUCGGGUCUGAAGGUGACCAGGAACAUGCUGUGUGCCGGCUUCAUCGAGGGCGGCCGGGACUCCUGUCAGGGGGACAGCGGAGGGCCACUGGUCACCCGCUACAAGAACACGUGGUUUCUGACGGGGAUCGUGAGCUGGGGCAAGGGCUGCGCUCGUUCAGACGUCUACGGCAUCUACACACGCGUGUCUGUGUUUGUGGACUGGAUCAUGAAGACUGUAGCUGCCGCAUGAAGUCAAGAGUUCCUCAAUGAAGGGUGACCACACGUGCCAUUUUUCUAUAUUGCCUAAAAUAUCUCAGUUUUGCCUUUUUUCGCUUGUGCAGACCAUUCUGUGUUUCACAUCAGAAUAUUAUGUACAAUGCUCGCAUGAUCAUUACCUUCAGGAAGCAUGAAUACAGGAAAACAAAACCAAAACAAAUCCUGGCAAGGACGUGUAUGGGGAAAAUCACAUGUAUGGUCACCCUAAUGAAUGUUGUUAAAGGUGAAGUGUGUUAAAGACUUAAAGACUUAAACGAGUCGUUCAAACCAAACAAUCUUUCAGUCAUUUGUCCUGAAGACAGACACUGUAUCCACUGCAGACUAGAUAGCAGUCCUUGUGAUCUCUAUUGGUUUUUGACACAACUCGAUUCAGCGACUGACACUUUGACGACAUUGAACCGUUUGAUCAGCUCGUCAUGUCAAGCCAAUCACGUGAGUUUGAGCUGGAUUUAUAAUUUUCACCAUAUAGCAUUGAUGAGGAAACACAGGCACCGAAAAAUCUGGUUAUUUUUGCAAUUCAGUUUGAUGCACACUUCACCUUUAAAGAUGCAUAAAGGCAGAUGUGAGUAUAAUAAUGAUGGCAGAACAUGAUGAUAUUUAUGCCACAUAUCACUGGAAAAUGCACAUAUAUUAAGAGAAAUAAACUCUUUGAAAUGCU